CGCCGCGAACAUCGUGCCAUCGCCCGCAAGACUAUCGGCCCCGUAUAUCAGCCGUUUCGCAAGAGGGAAGCGGGCCCAUGCCACGAGCCUUGAGACGAAGCAGGAAUCGACACCGCCGCCAGCGCAUGCAGGCCCAGUAACCGUCGGCUCGUCAUUUGGCUGGCCCCUACGCAAUCGAUUAGGCCUUCACUAGGAGCGAUGAGGUAGGUUGGGCGCGUCUUCUGGGUGAUGCUGAACUGGAUGCGCGCAUGCGCCAGUCCAGUUGCUGUGGGUCUCGCACCUUGCUUUACGGGUCUCGCGGGUUUUUUGCCGGGGAAAAUUUACGUCGCCGUUGUUUCCAGUGCCGAGUGUGCUGACCGUGUUCGUGUGCGCCUCCAGGGCUGAUGGCUAGUGCCGCUGAGAGUGCGCCCAGGAACCAUCUGGUUGAUGGGCCGGAGGACCUAAUGGGUGCUAGAACCGUUCCGAUCAUUACCCCGACGAUCCAGAUGUCUGCGCCGUCCCCAGGCGAGCCUAUGGAAAUCACGACUCCCACCAGCUCGUCGGCCCCCGCCUCGGCUACCAAGAGUCCGGAUAGCGACGUCAAUGUGAACGGCUACAGCGAACGCUCCAACUCGGUCAUGCAAAAUGACCAGCUUCCCAUGGACAACAUUAUUAUGCCGGCGCCAGUCGCAGCCGCCGCAGCUGUUCACCAGCCCAAGAUAGUUCAGACUGCUUUCAUCCAUAAGCUAUACAAUAUGCUGGAAGACAAGACGAUUCAACACCUCAUAACUUGGACACCAAGUAGCGAGAGCUUCAUUGUGCAGCCUAAUCAUGAGUUCUCCAAAGUACUAGCCCAAUACUUUAAACACACCAAUACCUCGUCCUUCGUGAGGCAGCUCAACAUGUAUGGAUUUCAUAAAGUGAGCGACACGUUCCAUCAUGGGGUGCCGGACACCACCUUGUGGGAGUUCAAGCACGGCAACGGAAAUUUCAAGCGCGGAGAUCUAGUUGGGCUUCGAGAGAUCAAACGCCGGGCCUCUCGCCAUGCAAUUGUGCACCGAGAAUACAAUGGCGGCCAGAAGCCACCGCCAUCACAGCCAGGGACGCCCGCCGAGCCCAUGCCUCCCAUGCAAGAGGGAGGUGAUCCGCGACUCAACAACAUGGAGCAUACUCUUUUCGACCUGAGCAUUCGCCUUCAGCGCAACGAGGAGUACACGCAAUUCAUGCGCGUCAAGCACCAGACCCUCAUGGACACAGUGUCCCGCUUGCUCCAAUUCAACCAGGACCUGUCGCGCGCGGUCCUUGCCCUUGCGCCGAGCCCAGACCACCCGAUACACCGGGAAGUUUCGAACUUGCAAGGAGAAGUCCAGCGGCAAAUGGAGACGGUCCGCUCGCUUGAGGAACCCCACGAGCCGCUCUUCGCGAGUAGCCGUCAGUACUUCUCGAAUCUAGAGAAUGCUCCCGUGUCACCGCGGCAAUUGCCCCAAGACGAUCCCCGGAGGUCCAAUCUCGCGGUUCCCCAAUCUCGGCAACCAAACUACUACCGCCCCUCUGUACCCUCCGGUCUGUCAAUCAGCACCCGCCGGCCGUAUGGAUCAAUAGGCGCGAACACGACACAGUCGUCGCCGUCUUCUCUACGUGCACAGCCACCGCCGCCACCCCCUGGACCCCAUCCCUUGGCAAAUGUCGAGCUGCCCAACAACCUGGCCCGACGCCACACGUCUGCCGACAUUCGCGAGCAUGGCUGGCAACCGAACCCCCCUCCAUUCGCAUCCGGCCCCCCUUCUUCCCAAUGGCCAUCUUCUCCAAACCGCGUAUCCAUCACAGAAGACCAGCGCAUCCGAGACUCGUUCUCUCAUUACUCCCUCCAAACCGCUUCGCAACCCCACUCGAGACCAGCAACACCCCCGCCACCCCCAUUCGUGAACGGAGGAGGCGGUGGCGGCGGCGGCGGCCCUGAUUUUGGGAGCUGGUCAUGGAACUCUGCCAACAGAGGUGAUAAUAAGAAUCUCUCUGUGAGGGACAGCUCGGGGCCGCCCACAAGGAGGGGCAGCAUGGCCCAUAUACUCAACCCGACAGACAUGGCAGAACGAGAUGACGAAGAUGACUUGGAUCUACGUGGUGAUGAUGAUCGCAAGCGCAAACGGCUGCUAUGACAGACACUACGGGAUACGCCAUCCAUUCAACGCUUUCCAGCCCCUGAACCUCGCAUGUCCUGCCUUGCACAUAGCUCUCUGCUCCGCGAAGUCUCGCGUGUGUUUGUAUAGAGGCGUACGAUAUGAUUUUUUUGGGAUAUUUCCUUUUUGCCCAUGUAUUUCUUUCGUCUACCUUAGGCUGAGGCGGCACUGUGGAAGGAGAAUUCAUCUAACGGCCGAAAACAUUUUAUUUGGUUUUUACGAUAUCUGAAUCGUUGGGAGGUUGACGUAUUUAACGACAUAUAUUCCCCCUUAUCUAUCUAAUCAGAGCGAGGCGUGGCCCCCCACCGUUUCUCUCUUCCUAUCUC